CAGUCGUGGUGUAUCUGCUGCUCAUUCAGCUGUUGCCUCCAUCCAGCAGCGAGUAGCUUCUUCUUCCCGUUCCUCCCUUCGACAGCCCAAUGAACCGCACGUCAGAGAGGAGCAGCAGCUGAUCCCCUCGCACGCACAGACAUGGCUGACGAGGAAAUAGACUACAACAUCGUGUUUCCAGAUGCAGCGACAUCGGAGAGACACUGGCAGGGGACCAAGGAGCCGGUGGUGAUCCUGCUCGGCUGGGCUGGAUGCAAAGACAAGCACCUCUCCAAGUACAGCUCCAUCUACAAUGAGCAGGGAUGCGUCACCAUCCGCUACACGGCCCCCCUGAAGACGGUCUUCAUCUCUGAGUCGUUUGGCUACAAGGAGCUGAGCAGCACUGCCCUGAAGCUGCUGGAGAUCCUCUUUGACUACGAGGUGGAGAACAGUCCUAUUUGCUUUCACGUAUUCAGCAACGGCGGCUUCAUGUUGUACCGGUACAUUGUCGAGCUGCUGCACAGUGACGAGCAGUUCAGUUCCCUGUGUGUGAUCGGGGCUGUGGUGGACAGCGCCCCAGGUAGUGGGAAUGUCCGAGGGGCCCUGCGCGCCUUGACGGCCACCUUAGGGCCCAAAAUCAGUCCUGUUCUGCGGUACGUCCUUUUAGCGCUUUUUGCAGUGACUGUUUUCCUCCUGCGAGUCGUGCUCUACCCGAUUACUAAGUACAUCCACAAGAACCACUACGACGCGGUGCAGGAGAAGCCGCCCGCCUGGCCUCAUUUCUACCUGUACUCCAGAGGCGACCAAGUGAUCAGGCACAGGGACAUCGAGCUCUUCGUGGAAGCCGUGAAGCAGAAAGGUGUCCCUGUGGACAGCUUUGAUUUUGUCUCCAGUCCCCAUGUCGGGCACUUCCGGGAAUUUCCUGAGCAGUAUACUCUCAAGUGUCGGGAAUUUUUGGCCACUUGCAUGAAGGACUCAGACGGGACCGAUAUGAAGAAGAGACACCGGGUUCGAAAUCCGUGAACCCUCACAGGAGUUUGCUGAAAGAUCUUUGAAACUGUCCUCAACAGUCCAACUUAAUUCCUUCGCAGUAGUUCUGUCAAAUUCGCUGAACUCGUAUCGGACACUGGCAACGUUUCUCUGUCCCAGUGCACAUAGUGGGAAGGUUCCUCAGAUGUGGUCUUGCUCUGUUGGGCUUUUUACACAUCUGGAAAACCAGCCUUAUGAAACACUGUCUUUCACAUGCCUCUGGCACAAAGUUUGAACCCAGCCUACUCUACUGUCAUGCACCACAUGUAAAAAUGAUGAUACAAACUUAAUUUCUAUACACUGGAAAAUUGGGACUCAAGUAUGAUGAUCUAAAUGGUAUUUAAUAUUGCUGUUAAAUGUGAUAAACUGUAGAUUAGUAGUAGUGAUUCUAAACUAAUACGACUGUUUAUUGAACAACAUUAAUCUCUUAUAUUUAUAAGAGUGCUUACGAUGAAGGCGUCUUAUGAACAUUACAAUGUGAGUGUUUUCCUAAUGUUUCCUAAGGUAUCAAAAUGUUUGCCUUAAGCAUUUAAUGCAAUCUGGUGCAUUUUUAGGUCCAGAAAUUGUAGAAUAGGCCGCCCCUAAUAUGUGAUACAAACUGAUAUAGUUCAAGGGAUAAAGUGAUUGACGAUGAAUGUAUAUGUCCAGCACAACCUAUCUGUUCUUUUUAACUGAUGUGCCUUCAAUAAACCAGAAUGCUCAUUAAAAACUGUCAACCAAAUUA